AUGAAUAUUGUUCUCUUCACGGUUCUGUUAGCCAUCUACUGUUCAACUGCGAACGUCAUCUUGCGAUAUUCAAACAGUGCCGAUGAGUUCUCCCAGAAGAAUGCUCGUGUGGUCAAUUACGGUAUUAGCAAGCACUCCCUUUUCGAAAGAAAGCUCAACAGCCGUGACGGUCGUUCGAAAUGCAGUGCGCCCAAGAGAGGCCCCGGCAUCGCAGAGAGGAGUCUGGUGGUCUCCUUCGACAACUCUACCAUCGACCGACGCAUGAAACUACCCACACCUGAGAACAUAGCCAAAUAUAUCAGGGAUGAGACUAAUGAAGCCGAGCCAGUAGUUUGGGGCGUGAGGGAUACAAAUGCGGCGAAGACUGAGUACGACGUCAACACCUCGUUAUUCGAGGAAUACAAAUUCUACCAGAAUGAUGAUGGCUUGAGUCUUAGUGCUACGCAUUUGACAGGAUGUACUAUGCUGGCUAUCAUCAGCCGCAAGGGUAUAUGGAUCGGGCAUUUCUGGGAGAAUAUAGCGUUCUCUAUAGACAAAACUAAUCAGUUUUGGGAAAGAUAUAAGAAAGACCAAGACAAGAUUUUCGAGGAAACGGUCAUCAAGGGCAUGAGAAACGGUAAAGGAAGUGGCGAAAACAAACAACAAGACUCUUUGCGGCUAGCUGCACCUAAGCUCGACGACGACCACAUCAAGGCAUAUCUCGUUCAUCCGUCUUCAAACUGGGAAGAAAACGGUGACUACCGUGGGUACUGGGACCGGAUGAAGGCCGAAGCAGUUACUCACAUCCCAAAGCUUGGUCAAUCAGAUCGGUGGGUAGAACAGGCAUAUGUGCCCACAUCCAACAAACGCACACUAAGAUAUACACCGCGUGGGACAUUGCUGUUCAAAUACGACGCGAAACAUCGCUCAGAAACGUCAUCUGAAGGUGCAUCGGGCACACAACAACUGGCCAUGUUGUGGAGCGAGACCACGGAGUUGCACAGAGAUGCCUGGUAG